AUGGGUGUGAAUGCGUCCUGGAAAAGAUAUUUGUUGAUUUGGUGGAAUGGGAUCAAGAGUUUGCCUGAAACAACUAAUAUACAUGGUUUUAGAUUUAUUGCGGAUAGAAAAAGACAUUGGGUGGAAAGUAUACAUAGUAUAAUUUCCAGGAUAUUUUGGUUAAUAGUAGUAAUAGUAUCGUGGUACGGCUCAUCUUUACUGAUUGCCGCCCAGUACGAUGCCUUCCAGAACAACCCUAUAUCCUUCGUCGUGGAAACCACUUACAAAGAUUGGGAUACUGAAUUUCCAACAGUGGUUGUUUGUGAGAGCGAUAAUCCAAGUCGUGUUGAAGAAAUUUCUGACAGAUUAUGGGGAGAAGAACAUGAUUUUAAUAUGGAGGAAGUCUUAAAAGAGAUAGCUUUUUUCAAAGGAAUUACUUAUUACACAUCUGAGUUUUGUAACGUAGAGAGUCAAAAGUUGCCCGAUUGUGUGCAAAACAACCUGACAUAUUAUGCUAAUUUAGUAAGUUAUUUAACAUUUAGAUGCAAACAUCUUAAACUAGAUGUGAGGAGCACAUGUGAGGAGACUUUAGCAAAUUGUUCAUGGAAUGGGGUCCCAUACGAUUGCUGCAAGUAUUUCAGACCUAUGGAUACUGAGCUUGGAACCUGCUAUGCUAUUAAUACUCUUCAAAGCAGCCAUGUAGGGCUACCACAGAAAGUACUUUCAAAUAUGAUACAAAAGCUUUUUAACAUCUGUCACUUGCCGUGCUUUUUGUUCUCCAGGGAAAAGAAUCCUCCCAAAUUAGAUAUGGUAAGCAACAGGACCACAGGACCCGGAGUCAUUCGAUUCGAUGUAAUGGUUUCUGCAAAUGUUUAUAUCCUGAACGAAGAAGAAGUGCCCACGCUCACCACCAUAGGAUCCGACGUUCUGUCCGUGGGCCAAGAAAUAUUUCACAAGCGUUAUAUAACCAUACGAAACGUGGAGAAUGACGCAGGCGCUCGCUUGAUAUCUCCGGAGAAGAGGAAAUGCAGGUACACGGACGAGAACUUCCUGCAGGUGUACCGACACUACUCGUACUCCGCUUGUACCGUGCAAUGUAGGAAGGAAGCCCAACUGCGCCUUUGUAAUUGUACUAAUUACUUUAUGCCGAAUGUUCAAGAGCAUCUUAAAUGCAAUGUCAGUGGCAUUAUGUGCUUGAACAGCCACAUUCAAGAACUUUCGGUGCUCAAAGCUCGCUGGUCAUCUCGCGCCGGUUUAUCCUGUAACUGUCUACCGUCAUGCACCGAGGCGGAGAUAUCAAUCAUCAAAGACUUCAAGUUCGUCACUUCGGAUAGCUACGCGAGUGUUCAGAUACAGCUGGCCGUGUUGCCCAGCGAAAGAUACAGGAGAAAUGUUGUACGCGGCGUUCUCGACUUAGUUGUAUCGACUGGUGGAACAGGAGGAUUAUUCCUCGGUGCCAGUCUUCUCAGCUUCGUAGAACUCUUAUACAUAUUACUGAUCCGACCGUUUUGCGACAUUUACAUCCAAAGAGGUGAGGAUCCCUGGUACAAGAAGUUUGGCACGCGCCGACUACAAGACAACAAGUUUAUUCCGAAUUGGGGCUGGAGCUAUAAGAAUAGUACAAAGGUCGAAGUUUUGGAAAAACCUAAUAGCAAACCUGUAGAUGACCGCUUACGGUAUGUCCAAUAAAUAAAAGUC